UGUCCCGAUGAAUAAGAAGAAAAUUUUGGAUAAUUUGGAGUUGAGAAUGAAGUCGCAAGGUUCUAGUCAGGUCUUUUCGCCUCACUGAAGGAACGAGAAUAUAAAAGGGUUGGGAGUUUUCUCAAGACACUACAGUGUUUUAGAGUGCUGUGUAUUUGAACUCUCCCACUUCUAGGUCAUCCGUUUAGCGUCACUUCCGCUUAGCUGUAGACGCUUGCAAAAAGCUUGGCGGGAGUUGAAGAUUACGAAGCUAGUGCUGCAGUUUUGGCGGUCUGUGUAGGGCAAGAGAUAGGAAAUUGAUUGUACUUUAAUUGCACUAUAAGGAAAGAGUGGGUAAGAGUCGGGCGUGGUGGCUGAUGCCUGUAACAGCCGGAAGCUGAAAGGUCGCCGCGAGUUCAUAGCCUGGGCUACAGAGGUUUGAAACUUACCACAGAUGACAAUAAUUUGUGGUCCAGCAAGAUAAGAGCACCGGAUAAAGGCACCCGCUUGCUGCAGGCCAAAGACCCUGGUUCAGUCCCCAGAAUUGACCUGGUGGAAAGAUAAUUAGUUCCCGAUCUCUACACAGAUGCUGCAGUACUCUCAAAGACAUGUAGAACCCCUCACAGGGCUCACCAUGCCCACAGCUGGCAACCAAAAGAAGGCUCCCACACCUCAGGUUUCUUGUUUAACAAGCGAAGCAUACACACAGCUGGAUUUUUUACCGGACAAGCUUAGAACAAAACUGCUUCCGUUCCAAAAAGAUGGCGUCGGUUUUGCCCUCAGAAGACAUGGCAGGUGUAUGGUGGCUGAUGAAAUGGGUCUAGGAAAGACAAUCCAGGCGAUUGCAAUUGCUUACUUCUACAAAGAGGAGUGGCCCUUGCUGAUAGUCGUCCCGUCAUCUCUAAGAUACCCUUGGGUAGAAGAACUAGAAAAAUGGAUCCCAGAGCUAGAGCCAGAGGAGAUCAAUGUUGUCAUGAACAAAACUGACAUUGGGAGAAUACCAAGCAGCAGGGUGACAGUUCUGGGCUACGGUCUCUUAACCUCGGAUGCGGAGACUUUGCUGGCUGCACUGAGCAGGCAGAACUUCGGGGUCAUGAUAGUAGACGAAUCACACUACAUGAAGUCCAGAACUGCCGCCCGCAGCAAGAUUCUCCUGCCCAUGGUGCAGAAGGCCAGGAGAGCCAUUCUUCUAACAGGAACCCCAGCUCUGGGAAGGCCUGAGGAGCUUUUCAUGCAGAUUGAGGCUCUUUUCCCACAAAAAUUUGGAACGUGGACCGAGUAUGCUCAAAGAUACUGCAAUGCACAUGUCCGGUACUUUGGUAAAAGGCGUCAGUGGGAUUGUAGAGGGGCCUCAAACCUUAGUGAACUUCACCAGCUACUCAAUGACAUAAUGAUCCGAAGACUCAAGAGUGAAGUUUUAAGCCAGCUGCCCCCGAAAGUCAGACAGCGCAUUCCGUUUGACCUUCCCCCAGCAGCCGUCAAGGAACUGAAUGCCAGCUUCGAAGAAUGGCAGAAAUUAAUGAGAGCUCCAGAUUCAGGUGCCAUGGAGACGGUUAUGGGGCUGAUAACGCGCAUGUUCAAACAGACUGCCCUUGCCAAGGCAGGUGCAGUGAAGGACUAUAUUAAGAUGCUGCUUCAGAAUGACUCCCUUAAAUUUCUGGUCUUUGCUCACCAUUUAAGUAUGCUCCAAGCCUGCACAGAAGCAGUCAUCGAGAGCAAGUCUCGUUACAUCAGGAUAGAUGGAAGUGUUCCAUCUUCAGAAAGAAUUCAUCUGGUUAAUCAAUUUCAGAAGGACCCCGACACUCGUGUGGCUAUCCUGAGCAUUCAGGCUGCUGGCCAGGGCUUAACGUUUACUGCUGCAAGUCACGUUGUCUUUGCUGAGUUGUACUGGGACCCUGGACAUAUCAAGCAAGCUGAAGACCGUGCUCACCGAAUUGGACAGUGCAGCUCUGUGAAUAUUCACUACCUUAUUGCCAACGGUACUCUGGACAGCCUAAUGUGGGCAAUGCUGAAUCGAAAGGCUCAGGUCACAGGGAGCACACUGAAUGGCAGGAAGGAGAAACUUCAGGCCAUGGAAGAUGACAAGGAAAAGUGGGGUUUUCUGCAGUUUGCUGAAGCGUGGACUCCAAGUGACAGUUUUGAAGAGCUCAAGGACUCUGUGUUUACUCAUUUUGAAAAAGAAAAACAGCAUGAUAUUCGAUCAUUCUUCUUACCAAAACCGAAAAAGAGACAGUUGGGAACUUCCUGUGAGGAAUCCGAGGCAUUGAAGGAGAAGAUGACAGUAGCCUCGGACCCUAGAAAAAUGGCUUCAAGUGAUGGCACUGCUGACAAAAGUGGGCUCGAGCCUGAAGCUAAGAGGUUGAAGUCCCUGAGCACCAAGGGCCACAGCAGUGCCCUGGAGGAAAGACCAUGCCUGCAAGCCAAAGCCACAUCCAUGGAAAGUGUCUGUGAGGUCAAGUCCCCAGCGGCCUCUGCAGCCCUUCCUGAGAAGGAGUGGCAGUGUGGCUUCUGCACAUUCCUCAAUGACUCAGGCCUUCCUUACUGUGAGAUGUGUGAGAACCCUCAGGGCAGAACGGCUGGCCUCCACCAUAUCCAGGGUAACAAGAAAAAUGAUGAGGAUGCUUCUCAGAAAAGCGCCUCCACAAAUGACCAAGCUCGUCUGGACUGUGAAGAACAGAGCUCUCAACAGUCAGAAGCUGAGCAGUCAGCUGAUAACGAGGAAGAGGCGUUGAAAGAGCAGUUGAACAAUCCGGGCACUCUGCCGGAGCGUGAGACCUUCAUGUUCUGUGCAAGCAGAAACACCGACCGGAUCCACGUCUACACCAAGGAUGGAAAGCCCAUGAACUGUAAUUUCAUUCCUUUGGAUAUAAAAUUAGACCUUUGGGAAGACUUACCAGCAACCUUUCAACUAAAACAGAAUCGCUCUCUGAUUCUGAGGUUCGUCCGAGAGUGGAACCGUCUGACUGCCAUGAAGCAGAGGGUGAUCAGGAGAAGUGGGCAGCUCUUCUGCAGCCCGCUGCUGGCCUUGGAAGAGAUCACGAAGGAACAAGCCAAGGAGAAUAGUACUAGAAGAUACAUCACUAAAGAAGAUGUUGCCGCGGCUUCCAUGAAUAAGGUGAAAAAUGAUGGGGGCCAUAUCCGUCUGAUCACCAAGGGAUCCAUGACCCAGGACCCUUCUACAAAAAAGCUUGACAGAGCCUGUGUCCCAUCUCUGAAUCCCUGCCCAGCUGAUCUCGCCGUUGAGCCAUCCCCAUCCAAAGGCUACAUUCAGGCUGUGGAUAAGGAAGGCAGGCCACUCUGCCUCCGCUGCCAGCAUCCUACCUGCCAGCCCGAGCCAGGAUCCAAAGCCAGCACCUGGGACUCACGGUUCUGCUCCCUGAAAUGUCAGGAGGAAUUCUGGAUCCGAUCCAAUAACAGUUACCUGAGAGCCCAGGUGUUUGCAACAGAACAUGGUGUGUGUCAGCUGUGUGGCAUGAAUGCACAGGAGCUCUUUCUGAGGAUGAGAGAUGCCCCUAAAAGUCAGAGGAAGAAUCUCCUCGAUUCUGCCUGGACCGCCAAGCUCCCACUGGAGCAGCUAAAUGAGAUGCUGAGAGACCCGGGAGAGGGCCACUUCUGGCAGGUGGAUCACAUCAGGCCAGUGUAUGAGGGAGGUGGACGGUGCGCCCUGGACAACCUGCAGACUCUCUGCACAGUGUGCCACAAGGAGAGAACUGCCCAGCAAGCCAAGGAAAGAAGUCAGGCGAGACGACGCUCUCUGGCAACAAAGCAUGGAUCAGACAUCACUCGGUUUCUGGUGAAGAAGUAAGGAGAGAGCUAAAGAGAAGCAGAGGCCUGCGGGCAGAAGGAGUUGUCACGGUUUAUCUUCAUGUCUGUCUAGUAGUUUGAGGAUGAGAAGUUUUUUAAACAUACGUCAAUAACUGAAAUUUAGAUUUUUGCAAAGCUCUCUUAAUGUUACAUGCUUGACAGAAACUGAGGGGUGUUGGGAAGUUUCUGGGAUCUUACUGACUCACGAAGAUCAUCAAUUAUGUUGCAGCAAGAUUUUGUUCCACUUUUUUCCUCCUUACACACCUUAAUCACUGCAUUGUGCAUAGAUAGUGUGGGACAGAUAUAUUCCCACAAACCUGACAGUUCUUGAUUCCUAUUGGUUCUGGACUGUGCAGCAUAAAUGGAACAUUCCAGAACAGUCGGGGACAUUUUGGAGACAAGCCAUCGUUAUUAAGGGAUUAAAAGGCUCGGGCGCACGUUUGGUGUGCUGCCUCCUUGCUUGAUUUCUGGGCCAGUCAUCUGUAUUGAGAGGAUGCUUUUGUAAAUAAGCUGAUUGCAAGCAUGCACGGUGUCUGUGUAGAACUGGUGUGCUCUGGGUAACCGUGGGAACGAGUGAGAGACCCCAGUGCCGCACAGCCUCGCUUCUGUUUUUCUGUUUGCUCCCUUGUUUCCUCCCAGGGUUCGUUUUUUUUGUUUUAAUGUAUAAAAUCAGGCUAAUUGUCAAAACAGCCUUUGUCUCAUUUCCUGGUCCUCAUCGCCUGGCUUUAAAAUCGUGGUAGUAUUUUGUUCUGUUCUGUUCUUUAAAUAAACCUUGUAAUUUUUUUUAAAGA